CGCCCCCGCCCCCUCGCCUUAUUCUAGACGCCACACACACACCAUCUCUGCCCUCAGCUCCUCGCCGAACCGGAACACCCGCACACCCACGCCACUUGUACCCAUGGCGCCCCGGUCGGCGCACAAGUCGCCGGUGCCGCCGGCCACCGGCCUCGGUCUCGGCGUCGUCGGUGGCGUCGGAGGCGUGGGCAUGGGCCCCCACUUCAGGGGCGUGCGGAAGCGCCCGUGGGGGCGGUACGCCGCGGAGAUCCGCGACCCGGCCAAGAAGAGCCGCGUCUGGCUUGGCACGUACGACACGGCCGAGGAGGCCGCCCGCGCCUACGACGCCGCCGCGCGCGAGUUCCGCGGCGCCAAGGCCAAGACCAACUUCCCGUUCGCGUCCAAGUGCCCCGUCGCCGCCGGCGCCGGCAGCCCCAGCAGCAACAGCACCGUGGAGUCGGGCGGAGGCGGCGGCGGCUGCGGCGUCCAGGCGCCUAUGCAGGCCAUGCCGCUGCCCCCGGCCCUCGAUCUCGAUCUCUUCCACCGGGCGGCGGCCGUGACCGCGGUCUCCCCCGGCGGCAUGCGGUUUCCCUUCAAAGGGUUCCCUGUCGCGCGCCCGACCCCGAACCCCUACUUCUUCUACGAACAGGCGUCCGGCUACCGGAUGCUCAAGGUCGCCCCGCCGCCGGUCACCGUGGCCGCCGUCGCGCAGAGCGACUCCGACUCCUCGUCGGUGGUCGAUCACACCCCUUCGCCGCCCGCGGUUACCGCGAAGAAGGAGGUAUCCUUCGAUCUGGAUCUGAACUGGCCGCCGCCGGCGGAGAACUAGCCACACCAGAGUUUUUAGCUGACGACUUCGUAGUUUCUCUUUCCUUUUUGCCUCGAGUAAUAUUACUUCUGUUGUUUUUUUGGUCCUCUAGCCUGUAGUUUUUGUUCAGUAGCCGGCGAGAGACGGAGGAGCCUGUGUAAAUAGUUUUUCCGCCGAGGACGGAAUUGAUUUGAGAUCUGUUCGUCUGUCUAGACAGAUCAAACCGGCGCUGAUAUGGAGUAAAUUAUGUACUACUAGUAUUUCAUUCCAUUAGUACUAUGAGGAUAUUACUAUUCAGAGAAAAGAAAACACCGAGUAAAUUCGUGCA